AUGGAAAAAAUAUUAAAUGUAGCUUCAUUAAAAAACUAUGUCUCAAGUUUAAACUUACCAAAUAUAACCAUUUCUAAACCAUAUGAAGUUGGUAGAUAUUCAUAUGAUAAUCAUCGAUGUGAUUAUCCAGUCGAAUUGAGUAAAUUUAAAAAACCAAUUAUAGAUGAAAGUUUAAUCAAGGAUUUUAAAGGAAAGGAAAGUAUCCCUCAAAAUAAUGAUACACCAAUAAUGUUUAUUUUGGAUACGCUAAUGAAAAACGAUUACGAUGUUUCAAAGUGUUCAUUUAUAAGCUAUAGAAAUUCUUUUAGGAAAAUAUUUGAAUCAAUUAACAGUUCCAAAAUAUUUAAUAGUUCUUGGUCAAUUCAUAUUCAAAGAGUAUCUUCAACAAUUCAUUUAGGUAUGAAUAAUACAAUAAAUAAUAAUAAUAAUAAUGCAGAAAAAAAUGACGCUUUAAAAUCAAUGUAUUCAGGAUUUGCAUUUGAAAAUUUAUCAAAAGAAACUCAAUAUCAAAAUAAUUUUUGUUCAAUAGUAUAUUCUAGAUUAUAUAAUAAUAAUUUUAUUUUAGCUUGUGAAAUUGAUUGUUAUGAUAAUAAUAAUAAUAAUAAUAAUAACAAUAAUAAUAAUAAUAAUAAUACAGAAAAUAAUCAAAAUAAAGAAAAAGAUUUUAAUAUUGACAACUAUAUCGAACUAAAAGUUACAAAAGAAACAGAUCAAAGUGGGAAAUAUUUUAAAAACAAAUUAUUAUCUUAUUGGUUCCAAAGUUAUAUUGCAGGAGUACCAAAAGUUAUAGUUGGAUUUAGAAAUGAUUCAUUUCUUUUAAAAGGCUUUAAAGCUUUUGAUACAAAUUCAUUACCUCGAUAUUCUUAUCCUUUUUGGGAUAAAAAUAUGGUUUUAGCAUAUGGGAACGAAAUUUUAGAAUUUAUCAAAAAUAACACAACAAGCGGGAAAUCUUAUAGAUUAGAAUUUGAUUAUCCAAAUUUAAAACUAUUCGAAUCAAAAGAAAUAUCAUUAUUAUCAGAUGACUAUUUGGACUAUUUUAAUAAUAAAAUUAAUAUUAUUAAUAAUAAUAACAAUAAUAAUAAUAAUAAUAAUAAUAAUAAUAAUAAUAAUAAUAAUAAUAAUAAUAAUAAAAACUUUAAAGAAAAAAGAUAUAUAGAUAUUGAUAAUAGGGAUAUAAAAAAAAAUAAAACUUAA